UUUUUAUUUCUGAAAGGCGAAUUGCAGGAAAAAUUUCUGAAAUCGCUCUUUGGCUGUUCACACUGUAAUAUUAUGUAUUUCUAUAAUACAAAUGCAACCCUUCCACUACUGUUUAUGUAUUUAGUUAACCCUAUGAUCUGGCAACACGAUACGUAUUGCUGGGUUAUAUAUGUACAUGAGAGUUAGACACGAAGUAUAUGUAAAAGCGUUAGCACGCAAUUAAUGAAUAAAGAUCCAUUCGCAGCGUGACAGUGAAUGGUGUUGGACGUCUCGUUUCUUUGGUGUUUAAUAUUGUGUAGAAAUACAGUUAACUAAGCCGUUUUUUUCUUGUGCUCCGGCUAUUUCAUUUUUGUAAUAUCUUAACAAAUCUUUUUCUUUGAAAGCAGAAGCAGCAAACAGGUUGUGAGUAUUUUGCAAUUUAUACAUACCUUUUAAUUUUUCUCUGUAUAGAGUUGUGUUUUUAGAGUUAAAAGUGCCGGCAACGGCAAACAAAAAUACAAUAUGGCGCCACCGACUCUAAAGUUGGUGGCGGCAUCGGCAGACGAUUUUGAGUCUUUCUCAAACAAUUUAAACAUUAAUCAUAAAACCAAAAAGCCUAAAAGAAGUAGUGAUUUUGUCCUGAGUGGCAAAAUAAGUGAAAAUUUGAUUACUGAAAGUAUGAAAUGUGAUUUAGUGCAUAGAAUCGAAAAGGGUAGCGCGACAGAAAAUGCGGGAAAAAUGGACGUAGAUCUUUCGCGGACGGAUAGCGGUAGUUCAAAGACAAAGACAAAGGACAGUGACAAUGUAAAUGCAUCGCCCGAAUACCCAGCUAACUUUAACGGACACUUUUUUGUAUUGGUUGACGCCUCAGAAUGUAAGUCGAUGAACAGCGACAAAAUUAGAAACGGUUUUGCUCUAAGAAGUCAAAUAAAAGACAUUAACUUUAUGGACGUGGACUUAAUCUUAGCGGUGGGUAGAACCCUGUUUAAGGUAACGUUCAAAUCGGCAGAAGCGGCAAAUAGGUUCUUAAAAAAUGAUGAAUUAAAAAAAAGAGGCUUAAGACCUUUCAUACCCAACACGGCUUUCGAGACGUACGGGGUUGUGAGGGGUAUCCCUCUCGAAUAUAAUGUGGAAGACAUAAAAAGAAAUGCGAUCUCGUCAAUACCCAUUUCCUCAGUGCACCGUUUCACACGUAGGGAACGAAAUGAAAAUGAAGACGUGUUUGUACCAACAACCACAGUAAAAAUAGGCUUUCUAGGUAAAGAAAUACCGAAAAAUAUAAAAUUUGACUAUACAAGACUGGAAGUAAAUUUCUUCAUACCCCCACUGCGACAGUGUAGGAAAUGUGGCCGGCUUGGGCAUACCCAGCUAGCAUGUAAAGCAAACGCAACACACCCAAGGAGACGGCCCUCGCAACAUAUGCGAGUAUCCUACAUGAUUACAGAAGAUCACUUUUCAAAAUUUUUUACACGGAUGCUUCCAUACAACAAAACUGUGCAGGGAUUGGCAUAUACGACCUUUCCAAUGAUAUAG